AAAUGUUAGAAAAAACAGUCGAAAUGUUAGGAAAAAAAAACACAGCGCGUUCCUCCUAUAAAUUCUUCGAUGGAAUGCUCGACCCACGUUUGACCCUAGAAUUGUCCCGUGGGCGGCACAGGCGACGAUGGCGACGGCGAAGGCGACGGCCACGAAGAAAGGCCCGUGGACGGAGGAGGAGGACGCGCGACUGGUGUGGUUCGUGCGCUUGUUCGGCGAACGCCGAUGGGAUUACUUAGCGCAGGUAUCAGGGCUCAACAGGCCGGGGAAGAGCUGCAGGCUGCGCUGGAUCAAUUACCUUCAUCCCGGACUCAAGCAUGGCCGAUUCUCCCCUGAGGAAGAGAAGCUCGUGAUCCAACUCCAUGCCGAAUGGGGCAACAGGUGGUCUCAGAUUGCACGUUCCCUCCCUGGUCGUACCGAUAACGAGAUCAAGAACUACUGGAGGACUCACAUGCGCAAGAAGGCACAAAAGCUGAAUCUGUUGAGCUCACCGUCCUGCUCGUCAUCUUCAUCAUCUUCCUCUGCUAAUAUAUCAAAGCAUGAGAUAGAAAGCAUGGUGGAAGAAGGUACUUCUGCAGCUGCAGCAUUUGAAGUGCAUGAGGGCGUGAAGGUCUACAACAUGGAUCAGAUAUGGGAUGAGAUUGCUGCCUCUGAAUCAUUUUGCGAGGUGGAAGAUGAUGAGCUUAAGAUGAACACGAGUAUGGAUGAUGAUUUCAUGCACGAGUUUUAACUCUCAAGCCAAGCAAAUAGCUCGUCUACUUAUCGCUGAUGGAUUAACUAAUUGGCUCUGUUCUUGCUUUGUCCAUAUCCAAUUUGCUUUUGUAAUAUAAUCUUGAUUUAGGACUCAGAAAUAGGAUCCUUUUAUGAACUUAUAGCCUUGUUUGUUGAUGACAAAGUGGACAUGAAGACGAUGUGUUUAUGACAUGAAGAUUUGUUCUAUGAAACCUUUUGUUUCACA